AAGAAGAAAGGGAACUUCUGACAGAAAAUGGCCGACUGGCGGUGUGUGUGCAAUUUAAUUUGGCUCCAACUUUAGUGUCACGGUGUUCAACAGAUUGAACGCGUGCUUUUGUAUUUAACGGGGGAGCAUAAUGUUUAAAAAGGCGAAACGAGCUAACUUUCGACGGAGGAAUGAAUCCGACGAGGACGAGCCGGAGGCGAGUCAGCGGCCCCCGCUGGCGCCGACGUCGUGCGGGCCCGUGGUGGAGGAAAUCCCGUUCAUGGAGAAUCUCACCAGCGCCUUUACCCGCGCACCCGGCGCCUCGGACAACUUCAACAGCAACGGCUUUCUGGCAAACCUCAGCGGUGGUAGAGCCGCGAAGAAGGAAACUAAAGUCAAAGAGGCGAUUGCGGUGCCCGGACCCACGAAAGCCAGUUUGCUGAGUUUCCACGAUGACGAAGAAGGAUCCGAGGUGUUCAGAGUAAAGAAACCAAAUCACAGCAAGAAGAUCGUGAAACAGCUGAAGAAAGAGUACAAGGAGGAUUUGGAGAAGUCUGGAAGUGUCAAACAGGAAAGCAAAUCAGAUGUAUCACUGCAGCUUCCAGUUUCCAUCAAAGAAGAAGUCACUAGCCAAGCAUGCAGUGAGCAGGGUGAGGAAGAAAUGGAGGUGGACAGUGCUGAGGAGCACGACGAAGAGGCAAGGGUUCAAACGGCCAAGAGCAACAGCAGCUGCGCAACUUUCAACACGCUCUCCUCCCUUGGCAGCCUGAGACCAGGAGAGAUCCCCGACGCAGCAUUCAUCCAUGCUGCCAGAAAGCGGCGGCAACUGGCAAGAGAGCUGGGGGGUGAAACUCCAUUGGUAGAGACGGAGGCUCCCAAGAAACGUCUGGUAGGGGAAGACCAAGAUGCCAGUGACGAUGAAGACGAGGAAGAGAAGAGGAUCCGCUUCAGUGGAGUCAAGAACAAAAGCCAGAGACAAAAGAUAGCUGAGGAGAUAGGUAUCGAGGGUAGUGAUGAUGAGGCUCUGGAUACAGGUCAGGAUGAGGAGGUGAGCCGCUGGGAGCAGGAGCAGAUUAGAAAAGGAAUCAGCAUACCCCAGGUCCAGAGCAGCCAGCCUGAGGACAACACAGUCUACUACCAGAACAGCUACGAGAGCCAGCCCUAUGGCUCAUCCUACAGCAUGCCGUUCACCUACAGCACCGUGGCCCCACAGACCAGCAAGCCGACCGGCCGAGCAAACAACGGCUCUGUUCACUACGGGGCCCCUGUUAGUGAUCUAACCCCAGUAUCCAUUGAUCUGGUAAAGAAACGCCUGCAGGAUAGACUCGGCCAAAUGAGUGUAGGCCACAACGCAAAUUCCAGGCGCUCCAAAGAGAUCGAAGACGACCUAGCUGCCUCCGAGAGCACCAUACGGCAGCUGGAGGGCUCGUCCAAUGUCAAUGCAGAGCAAUAUAAAUUCUUGCAAGAGAUGCGAGGGUAUGUUGGAGACUUGCUUGAGUGUUUCAGUGAAAAGGUGCCUGCUGUCCUGGAGCUGGAGGCUGCCAUGCACCAGUUACUAAGGCAACGGGCCGCACGACUUGUCCAGAGAAGACAGGAUGAUAUUAAAGAUGAAUCGGCGGAGUUUGCAAGCCUUUCAAAUAAAGCUGUCAUGGCUCCUAAUUUAGACUCAUUCGGUCGAGACCGCGCAGCAUACCAAGAGCACAGUCGUCAGAGGAGGAUCGCAGAAAGAGAAGCACGACGAACUCGGCGGCGACAAGCUCGAGAGCAGAAUGGAAAGAGGGCUGAACACAAGGAAGGCUUAUCAUCUGAUGAUGAGGAAACGUCUACUGACAUCACCAGCUUCAACAUGGAGAAAGAUCGUAUCAACAGGGACUGCAAGAAAGUAUUUGAGGACGUGGUGGAGGACUUUCAUUCUCUCGACUUCAUCAAAUCUCAUUUUGAAGUGUGGAGGAGAAAUUAUGCCGACUGCUAUAGAGAUGCUUACAUCGGCCUCUGUCUGCCCAAACUCUUCAACCCUUUAGUCCGCCUGCAGCUGAUCACAUGGAACCCACUUGAGGCGCCAUGUGCAAACUUUGAGUACAUGCUCUGGUUUGAGUCACUGUUGUUUUAUGGCUUCGAGGAGCAUGGCACGUUGCAGAGAGGAGAUGGAGAUAUCAGUUUGCUACCUGCUAUCGUGGAGAAGGUCAUCCUCUCCAAACUGACAGUGUUGACAGAGCAAGUGUGGGACCCGCUGUCAAGCAGUCAAACAGCCAGGCUAGUGGGCUUCGUUCGCAGACUUAUGAAAGGCUACCCUACUGUGCUGCACGGGGAGAAUCGAUACACGGAGGAGCUUUUGAAAUCUAUUGUCCUAAGGACCCGGCGGACUCUGGAUGAAGAUGUAUUCCUUCCACUCUACCCCAAAAAUGUAUUGGAGAACAAGAAUAGCGGCCCCUAUUUAUUCUACCAGCGGCAGUUUUGGUCGUGUGUGAAGCUGCUGGGCAACAUCCUGCAGUGGGAAGGUAUCUUGUCCACUUCCUGUCUGAAGGACCUGGCCCUGGAUAGCACACUCAACAGAUACAUCCUCUCCGCCCUGCAGACCACUGACACAGCAGAGGACAAUGUCCAGAAGUGCCAGAAGGUCGUGGAGUGUUUGCCAGUGCAUUGGUUCUCCGGGCUGAAGGGCCAGCAGACGUUGCCUCAGUUGGAGCCUUUCUGUCGCUACCUCACCCACCUGGCAAACUCGUUACAGCGCAGCACCGUAGGCGGCUCCGAUGUGGAACGGCGCACUGCCAAGGAGCAGGUCAAAGAAUCAGUGAAGAUGUUGGGCCACAUGAACGCCCUGGACCACAUCCUCACUGUGGCAGCAGAGCAUGGCAUCAAAGACAUCAAACCACUUUUGGAAGCCAUGUCAUAGAAGAAAUGCUACUAGAAACUGUUGUGUUCAGCCCAGUUGAAGCCACAGCGUUACUGGGUUGAAUUCCUGGGAAAAAAGGUGAUUGACUUAACAGAGUAAAAGAAUAAAAGGAAAACUUGUAGAUAUUGUGAAUAUUGUACAGAAAGGUGUCCACACACACACACACCUAACAACACUGAUGCUGAAAUGAAGCCUUGUAUUUUCAGCUCAAACAGUACUACAUGCUGGCAAUGUUUUAAAUGCAUAAUUUAUUAGGAGUAAACUUUGAUAGGGAUUACUCACUUCUCAAUUGACAUCGUAUUCAUCCCGGAUAUCUGUAAAAAACUGCCACGCCACCUUCUCCUCACAUACUCUUCUUUUUCGUAUGUGCCAAAAAACAACCUUGUAAGCGUUAGAAAUAACAGUGACGACCAACGUGUCACUUUUUCUUCAGCCCCCACUAAAUCCUGCAGCACACACACACACACACACACACACACACACACGGCCCUGAUGACCACACCAGAGCUGAGAGCUUUGUGAUGAGAUUUGUAAGACUUCUGUUUUAGUAUUCUGUUUGCCUGUGAAUAAAAAAGAUAAUUUGAAAAA